AUGGAACAGGCAGCGACUCAGCGUGAGGUGGAAGUAGUGAUACCACCUUCGAGAACCGUUAAGCCCACAGAACCCUCGGGGCCACCACCCACUCCCCGGAGGUCCAGUCGAGUGAGCAAGCCUACUCCUAAGAAAUCAACCUCUUCAUCGAGCACUGCCGUUGGGUCCAAUGAUGAAGAUCCUCGAGAUGCUCAUGGAUCGGACCCUGACUACGCAGGAGAUCGCUCGAGGAAGAAUCGGAGAGCCACUAAGUCUGGAAACCGGGCAACACGCAGUAGGGGGAAGAAAAUCCCCGGAAAACUGCCUCCUCCAGAGACUCCUGAGGAAUUUAAGCUAAUAAAGGAAAAUUACCCAUCUAAGAUUCCCACAAAAAGAAACGAAGAUGCUACAGCUAAACUGCAACAACGCAGCACAGAGCAGAAGGAAAAGGAUCUUCAAAGUGCGAAGAAGGAAAUCAAGGAGCACAAGAGCAGAUUGGAAGCAGCGCAGACCGACAUCGCAAAGUUGACGCGGCAGCUAGACAGUUAUCAGAAUGAUCAGCUGAAGCUUGUGGCUAAAAGCAAGGUCGAGGCUGAACUGGACGCCGAUCUGCAUAACAAGUUCCAAGGCAUAUUUGGCGGUGCCCUGGACAUUUCCAGAUAUUGGUGCAUUCAAGAUUUGCGGAACGCCGACGUGAAUAAAGUCGAACAGGUGUUCUCAUGCUUCUUGAAGCGAAAGUCGAGGCCUAUCGCAACUGACCGGUUCCUGCUCGCCGUCAAACACGGAAAAGUCUCGCCUAGGCUGGUGUUGAGCACAUUCAUCAAUGCUGAAAUCUGCACCGAAACAUUUGAAAGGCCCUUCGCACACCUACAGCUGGGCCUUCCUGGUCCAGAUCAUGCAGAGAUUGAGGUCAUAUUGAACAGAAUCAUGAAAUGUGCCGAAGAGAAAUCCUCAAAUUCGCAAUAUAAGCUGAGAGCCACCAUUCUCCGUGCCAUCGACGACCAUCCCGUGGAGAAGGCUCAUUGGGUCGAGUCGCGAGCUCAACGAGACCUGUCCUUCGCCCAUGCAGAACGUUGCAGAGAGAUUACCAACGGUAUCUUCGACAAAGUCGGUAUCCUCCUCAGGGAGGUCACAGACGGAGAGCGACACACGAGGGACGCGCAAAUGCUUCGUGUGGUGGAGCAGGCUAUGCGAUUGUCGUGCAUCCUCAAUAUGCAGUAUCCGAAGGUGCAGUUCUUCUUUCUUGAUGAUCUGACCGAGAGGAAAUUCUUCCUGAAGGACGCUUGGUUUCGAUUACACCAUUCCGUUGGCAUCGAGGAAAAUGAUGAGAACUACCUCUCUGAGGUGCAAGCGCUUGUUGGCCAACCCAUUGACGUGGUUGUGGCCCCCGCUGUUGCACGAUACGGGGAUAAAGAAGGCGAGAACUAUGAGACGGAGAACAUAGUAUUCCGGGGGUCGGUUUGGAUCGUAAGGAACAACGAGUCUUCACGAAAUACUCUCGAUUUUCAUUCAGGAAAGCAAAUUCCCGACGAAGACGUGGCAUGCAUCUCAAAGAGUAGCCAUUCCCUCGCACCGAACCAACAGAUGCCGGAAAGUACAAUCUUCGAUACCAGUGAAGCUGGUCAACAAACCAAAAGCACGAAGACAACGGUGGCUUCUGGAAAGGCUUACAACUUGCGCUUUCCUGUGGAACCUAUCAUGAAGGUGGCUGAAGAGAAAGGGGAAGUUGAUGCGCAGAAAGACUUCGAACACAGUCAAAGCAAGAUCAGAAAUCCAGAAAAUUCGGAACCUAGAACGAGCUGUUCAGCAACUUCCGAACAACCGAAGGUACCGUUGGACGACAUCAAAUGCCUCAAUCCAGGAGAUAACGGAAGCACCUCUGUGAGGAGGGAGAGAGAUGAGCAGCAGCAGCAGCGAGAUGUACGGAAAGAAUGUUCCGACAACGAAGCAAGCUCACCUCGUGACAACGGUGCGCCAUCUAAGCAACUGCCAGCGACAGUUUCAGGACCAGAAGAUCCCAAACCACCUCUUAAACGGCUGCGCAUGAAAAAUAAGAAGAACCAGGGCCCUGAAGGAGAGACGUCGGCGGAAAACCAAGCUGGAAAGGCGGAAGCCAAAUCUGGAGAUACUGACGAUUCCCAGACCAAAGAAGCAACCGGGCAUGUGCCUACAUUGCCAGCCACACCCCCGCCAGCACUGGCUUCUACACAAGAUCCAGCGAAAAGAGUACUACCGGGGCAAAGCGAAUCAGAUCAGGUUUGCAAGAAGCGAAAGUUGUCCAACUAUAAAGUCGACGACCAGUUUGGGGAUGGGGAGAAUGUCGAGCAUGACCAGCCCCCGAAAAAACAGGCAAGUUCCCCUAAUACCCUAAGCGUCGAAGAAGCAGGAGCCGUCGUCCUCGUCGGCGUCGAGCCCGAAACAAGCGGUCGACACCAUAGGGAGGCCGAAGGACGAGGUGGCGGACAUACCUUCAGAGCUCAUGGAUCAAGCCUACUCGAGAUCCAAAGAGGCAGGGGAACCAGCUUCGCAAAAGAAGCAGCAGCAUCCACGGACAAUGCCUACAACUCCGGCAACACAGGGAGGUCAUCAACCACCGCAGCCCAAGAAGAAUGCGACAGAGAAACCCCAGAAGACUCAUCCAGCGAAGUCGACCAAGAAGGCCCCAACCCAGAAGAAGGCGGCGCAAAAGGUGGUUCUGACUAUCAACCCCCUCAAACCCUCCCUCACUACCCAGAAAUGAUCGUGACAUCAAAUCUCCAGACAAAGACCGGCAAGAAAGAUGUUAGUGUUAUCAUCAGAGCAUUCAACACCGGCACCGAAUCAACCACGAGCGUACACGUCCCGACCAAUUUCCACCGAGAAAUUCACAAAUACCGGAUAUCAAUCCUGUCACCGAUCACCUCGCACAUCUCCAGAAAAGACAAAACACUCCAGAAACCCAAGAUAAGAACAGAGAACAAAAACCAGAACAGCCGAAGUGCAUACCCAACACCUUUCCAAGGACGAAUCCCACCGCGCAGCUUCGCGACCGCUCGAACGUUCUGA